AUGUUCCAGGGACAGCUCACUGUGUAUGGAAAAUUUUACACAAUUCUCCUGGAGGAUGCUGAAUUUUACUUUGUUUAUAAUGGCUCAACACAGAGACACGUGGUUUUUGCCAAGCGUGUGGCUGAUGACACCCUUCAAACUAUUAUUCCAGCUCAUGGAGAACCAGAAGAUGUUUCCGUACGUGUGGUCAUGUACACAAAAGAAGGCAUGCCUGAGACUCUGGGCUACUCAUCUGUUCACUAUAAGCAGAACACAGCUUCGGAGGUAGCAUGUUUUCUGAUGAGCCAAGCUGAUUGCCUUACUCCCUCUAGUCACCACACACUUCUCAGCAGGUUUGGCUUAAUGGUGGAAGAGUUUCAAUCACUGGAUCAUGACAUUAUGCUAGCGAUGGCUCACAAAGGGAUCCCACCUGUUGGGGACAUCACUGGGAAUUGUUCACAAGAUGAAUCUAAACACAAAGAGACGCUACUCCAUCUUGCAAUGAGACUGGGUUUGGUUGAGCUUUCGCAGUUCCUAUUAUCUCUCCCGGGUGGGACAGAUGCAGUCAUUCUACCUAAUGAAGAUGGGUCCACACCUUUGGAUUUGGCCUUACAGAAUGGACACUCCAGUCUUGUUGAAAUAAUCACCAAAGCACAGGUCAGCCAUCCAUUUGAGAUAUCACAAGCGGAGCUUGGCGAGAAUGCUGUCCUACAAUUUGUGCAUUCAUCAGGAUCUCUGAUGCUGACAUUUAAUCAUACCACAGACCAUUCACUAGAAUCCGACAUCCAACUCUUCAGGAAAUACCUCUGGGACAGAGCUUUUCUUCACAAGACUCUUGCUCCAAAGCAAAUUGAGGCACUGGGAGAACUGCAGAUGCCUUGCAAGUCAACGUGUUCUGCAGAAGAUCCUGUGGACCUUGUGUCUGCGGAGCCAUCUCUGAAAAAUGAAGAUGUAACGUUUUAUAAAGAUCGUAUGAUUCAGCCAGUUGAAAAUGAAAGUGACACCUUGUUGGACUUAGAUCAUCAACAGUCCCCGUUUCAAGCUUUUAAGAAAUGUUCCAGUCCCUCCACCUUCUUUGCUGCAUCCAGGCUUUCUGCAAUGCUGAAUGGAAGCGAUGAAGUAUAUGCAAACCGCAUGGUAGUAGAGCAGACUGAAGAAGCUGGUGUCAGCUAUCCUAACGUAGGCCAAUCUGCUUCUGAAACUUGCACAGACCAAGCCGAGUUGAAUGAAGAUACAGAAGCAUCUGCAAAUAGUAUGGACAGUGGAAAUACGUCACCCGUCAUUCCAUCUAAUUUGUGUACAGCCGGCUCUUACCUGCCACUCAAGGCACAUGCGUUUAGCCACCUAAGAAAUCAACGCUAUUCCAUCAUGAAAAAACGAAGUUCCAGUCUCGAUGACUUGGAUGUAGAGAGUGUCGAUGAAAGAAGUUCAAACAGGUCCCAUCACUGCUACCCUUCAAUGCCCUUCAGCUCUUCUGCUGCCUUGGCUGGUAACAAGGGCGAAUUCAGUUUGUUGGAGCAAAGUACAGAUCUGGAUUUUAACAGGGCAGAAUCUCUUCCUUUGUCCAACAAUCUACAGUCAAAGGAACAGUUACUGUCUGGAAUUCGAUCUCGCUCCUAUUCUUAUACUUCACCCAAAAUCAUCUUAGGAAAAUCACAUGGUGCACAUGACUUCACAAUAUGUGAUUCAAAUGAUGAACAAUGUGCAUACAUCUUGACUGAACAGUCAAAAGAAAAAAGAAUUCAAGAAGAGGACUGGGAUAAGUACAUUAUACCUACAAAAUCUGAAUCUGAAAAAUACAAAGUCAGCCGUACUUUCAGCUUUCUGAUGAAUAGAAUGGCCAGUACACGAAAUAAAUCCAAGGCAAAAAGUAAAGAUGCCAAAGAAAGAGAGAAACCUUUUAGGCACCAGUUUGUGUCUGGAACUUUUGCUGGGGUAAUCCCGUGUUUCGCAUGCGAGAAGCCACUUUUGGGGAAAGAGUCCUUGCAGUGUUCUUAUUGCAAUGCAAAUGUGCAUAAAAGUUGUAAGGAUUGUGCACCUGCAUGUACAAAGAAAUCCCAAGAGAGAUGCCAUAUUAAGAACAGAACACAAGCUAUCCAGACAAAUCCGUCAUUCAGAGAUACUCCGCAGCCAGUAUUGUCCCCGGUUCACUUUUCUACAUCCACACCUAUUGGACUGUCCUUCGUAAAGAAAGAUGGAUUGCAGCAACAACACUCAUCCAAAAGUGUUCUAAGUUCCAGUCUUGAAAGAAAAUGUUCAUCCCCUUUGGAGCCAGACACCGAUCUCUGGAGAUCCCGGUCACACUCUGAAGAACUCUUACAAUCAAUUGGGAGUGCAUCAUCAGUUGAGUCUUUUGUACUUGAAGAUGAUGUUGAUGGCUCUUUGUGGAGUGACCUCAGCACUGAUGCCCUAGACUUUGAGGGAGAGUCUUGGAGUCUUGUGGUAGACCCUUGGUUUUGCAGCCAGCAAGAAAAGGAGAUCAUCAAAAGACAAGAUGUGAUUUUUGAGCUGAUGCAAACAGAAGUGCAUCACAUCCACACCUUGUUCAUUAUGUCUAAGAUAUUCCGGAAGGGAAUGAAAGAAGAACUGCAACUGGACCACAGCACUGUGGACAAAAUAUUCCCCUGUUUAGAUGAGCUGCUUGAACUUCACCAGCAAUUCUUCUGUAGUAUGAAGGAGAGACGGCAGGAGUCAAGUCAGGGGGGAAGUGACAGAAACUUUGUAAUCAGCAGGAUUGGAGAUAUACUUGUACAGCAGUUUUCAGAAGAAAAUGCAGCCAAGGUGAAGAAGAUAUAUGGGGAAUUCUGUAGUCAUCAGAAAGAGGCAGUCAGCCUUUUCAAAGAGCUGCAGCAAAACAAAAAGUUCCAGAAUUUCAUCAAACUACGGAGCAGUAAUCUGUUGGCUCGGCGUCGUGGAAUCCCGGAGUGCAUUCUGCUGGUCACUCAGAGAAUCACCAAGUACCCAGUGUUAGUAGAAAGAAUAUUGCAAUAUUCCAAAGAAGGAACUGAAGAACACCAAGAUUUAUGUAAAGCCCUUGGUCUAAUCAAGGAUUUGAUUGCAGCAGUGGAUUUGCAAGUCAAUGAAUAUGAGAAAAAGCAAAAAUUGCUAGAAAUUCUCAGUAAGGUUGAAAACAAAACGUGUACCAAGUUGAAAACUGGCCAUGUUUUCAGAAAGCAAGAUUUGACCAAGAAAGAGAGGACCCUUCUGCAUGAAGGUUUAGUCUAUUGGAAAACAGCUACAGGACGUUUCAAAGAUAUUUUAGCUCUGCUUCUAAAUGAUGUGAUGUUAUUUUUACAAGAAAAGGAUCAGAAAUAUAUAUUUGCAGCUGUUGACCAAAAACCUGCUGUUAUAGCCCUACAGAAACUUAUUGUCAGAGAAGUAGCCAAUGAAGAGAGAGGGAUGUUCCUAAUUAGUGCAUCAUCCACAGGGCCUGAGAUGUAUGAAAUUCAUACCAGUUCCAAAGAGGAACGCACCCAUUGGAUGAGGCAGAUUCAAGAGGCUGUGGAGAGCUGUCCAGAGGAAGAAGGAAAAACGAAUGAAUCUGAUGAGGACCGAAGAAUAGCUGAAGCCAGAAUAGCUAAAAUUCAAAAAUGUCAAGCAAUCUUGAGUAACAAGGACCAACAGAUCUGUAGCUGCUUGGAAGAUAAGCUUGAUAUCUAUGCAAAGCUUGGAGAUAUGAGUGGGUUUGAAGAUGUUCAUGUAGAACCACAUUUAUUUAUAAAGCCUGACUCUGGAGAAACACCUCAAGUAGCUUCACUUCUAGCUGCAGCUCUGAGGGAAGUGGAAAGCCUUCAUGUAGCUGUAGCAUCAACACCGACAAAUGACACAAGCCAGGCAACAGAUGAGAGUACUAGAGAAUCAAGCCUGACAGAAGAGCUUCCUGCAACUGAUGUCUGUGAAUCUAUGACUGACUUAACAGAAAUAAAGGGAGACGAGCCUUAUGAGGCAGAUGUUCGUGAUCCAAACAGCAUAGCAGAAGUUGAUGUCCUGGAUCAGGAAGGAGACACAUGUUUCCCUACUUCGACACAGACUGAGAUUGUACAGACUAUCCAGAAUUUAACCCGUCUCUUGUACAGUAUACAGGCAGCCUUAGCCAUCCAGGAUAGUCACAUUGGAAUCCAUAAGCUUCUUCUACAAGAACAUGAAAGAUUCAGCUGGAGUCCCAGUUCUCGUAGCACCUCUGUCUUGGAACCAGAAAAGCACCGGACCUUUAAACAGAAGGAGGAACUGGCAAAUGUUCAGAAGGUUCAGCACCAGUUUCAGCAAGAGCAGCAACGGUGGAACCGGGAAUGUGAGCAACAGCGACAGGAGCACCUGACAAGGGAGAGCCAACUUCUGGAGAGGGAGGAGGAGUGCUUAAGCCAGGAGGAACUGCUUUGCAGGAACCGAGAAGAGCUGGAUGCCCAACUGCAGGAUUACCAGCAGAACCUGGAGAGACUCCGGGAGAGCCAAAGGAUGGUGGAGAAGGAGCGAGAAACAGUGAAGUUACAGCACAAGAUCUUGCGCCACUGGAAGCACAGCCACCAAAGCAAUCUGCCUGGGGUAAUCUCUCCAGGGGACAAUGAGGCGUGCAAGACUUUAUCCAGAAUCAUGGGACAUAAUCGAUCAGACAGUUUUUGUGGUGAAAGUUCAGUCUUCAUAAAUGAAGCUCUGUUACAGAUGUCAUUAAACCACCUUAACAGAUCAAAUUCACCUCUAGUUUACCAGGAUUGUGUGCAUGGAUUAAACCGGCCAAAUUUGGAUUUAUCAAGGACUAGUGAAAAUCAAACAAACUGCAACACGGAUACUUCUUGUCAGCCAGCAUUUACCAGUGAGCUCUCGAAACCUGCAGACCUCUGUCAUCAUGCAGUCUCCUCCUGCACAAGCAACACAGAUGAUUGUAAUAAUCGCAGUCGCACUGAAGAUCUGAACAGCCAGAAGAACUCAGCCAAUGAAGAUUUCAUUGGCCAUUCAAGAAUCAACUUGGAUCUGACACCUAAAAGCCAAAUAGCCAAGUAUCAAGGCCUGAAUGCAGUGCUGAGCCAAUGCCCAAGAUCAUCACAUCAUGGCAGUAUUCAACCACUCCAGCCUUCAGAUGUUGUGAUGAAAAAUCUGUCUUGUGACAUGCAACAAGAUUCAGAAAAUGGAGGGAUUGAAGAAAAUAUAGUGUAUCUCUAAUCCGUCAUCAGUAGCACUUUGAGAUAGCUUUUCUAAUUGUCUGUAGUUACUCUUUGUCCAAAUUGCUUGAGGAAAUAGUAUUUAAUAUAAGAUGCCACAUGGUUUUUCCAUUUGUAUACUUAUACCAAUUAAGUUAUUUGUUAAACUUGUAUGUAAUAUUUAAAUGAUAGCAUACAUACUACAUUUGGAAUGCUCAAAAAGGAACAUAAGACAGUAUUGGGCUCUAAAACAAGCCAUGACCUGUCCUUGUGCUGGUAUCAUCCCAAUGGAACCGUGGAUAAGAGUGUUCCUUUUUCAAGUUCAAGCUGCACACUCUCUGUGUAGUUUUAGGUAUCAUAGCCAGUAUCAUAGAUUUCAUAAAGCAACUUAGCAACCUCUUGGUAUCCACUGGAGAAAAUGGAGAAACGAGAGUGGACCUGUCAAAUCUGAAAGGCACCCAUCUAACUAUGAUAUAACUAGGAUUCUCAUGGUGGAUACAUUUCCCAGACAACACAACCACAGAAUCACAGAAUUGGUAUCAGAACCUUGAUCAUAAUAAUUGUCAUAUGACUUUGAUGAUGCAGAAAAGCCAUUUAGUUUAAUGGAUUUUCAAGGGUCCUGCUUCAAAGUAGGAGGAAUGGUAUUGAUGGCUAAGGGUGACUCAUUAUCCUUGUAGGAGGAGUAGGAUGUUCUCACAAAUUAUAGUUACAUGAACACCUUGUUUCCACAAUGGACAUCUGAGUCUCAUGUCAUUUGAGAAAGGAUUUGAGGUGUUUCAGGAAAUGCAUCCACAGCUGCAUGCUAGUCUGCUGAAAUUAAAAUUCCAUGGGGGGACUCAGUUUACUCCAUAGUAGGGUUUUAUGUCACAAAUUCAGUCCCAUCUCGCAUAUAUACAAUUUGCUUUUUCAAGUGCUCUAGGUCAGUUUUGUGAUGUAUUGCAUUAUAACUUUGUGCUUGGCUUCAGGAAGUGUUCUUUUUUGUCCUAGCAUUAAAAUUCAUCACAUGGACAUUCACAUCUGGUGAGAAACUGAGAAUAGAAGGAAAAAAAUGUAAUUUUCUUAGCCUAACCCAAAUCCAGUACUUUUCCACAUGCAAAGACACAAAUCUGUGUAUUUCUUUAAGGAUACUGGGAGCUCAUACUGUAGAAUAAUAAAUCUGGAUUUUCUU